AUGGCCAAGGGCUCGCAACUUGCCCAGCUCAAGUCGGCGCUCAACAGCGCCGGCAUCCGUGGCCAGCCUCCCCCCUCCAAGAAACGCAAGCGGACGGCUAGGGCGGAGGACACCGAGCGGGAGAAAAAGGCCAAGGCGGCGAGGCUGGAGGAGAUCCACCGCAAGCUCAACCCGUUCGACGAAAAGGUCACCAAGCUCAAGCACGAUGUCUUGGGCAGGAAACUCAAGGGUAUCGCGGGCAAGCCCGCGAAGAGCAAACAGGCCGGGAUCGAGCAGCGCAAGAAAACGCUAUUGCAAGAACAUGCUACUAAACAUCACGCAGGUGGAAUCGUCGACCGCCGCAUUGGUGAAAAUGAUCCUACCAUGACCCCGGAGGAGCGCAUGCUCGAACGGUUCACUCGCGAACGCCAACGAACCGCCCGGGACGCUGGCCUCUUCAACCUGGACGAUGAGACAGAACUCACGCACUAUGGCCAGAGUCUAUCCAACUUGGACGACUUUGAUGGGGCAGGGCUCGCAUUGGACGAUGAGGAGGAGGAAGAGGACCGUGGCCAACUCGACGCUUCCGUUGUGAAGAGGGCACACUUUGGGGGUUUCUCUGAUGACGAAGAAGGAGACGAGCCCGAUCGUCAAAAGAGCAAAGCGGAAGUAAUGGCUGAAGUCAUCGCGAAAUCCAAAGAACACAAGGCUCGCCGUCAGCUUGAAGCUCAAGAGAAUGCCGACCUACGCAUGGAGCUCGAUCAAGAGUUCGAUGCCCUCCGCUCACUGCUGACCGCUGCCUCUGCAACCGCUCAGGAAGCCGGCCAGAUUCUAGAGAAGAAGGACGCAGACUACGAUGCCGCUGUACGAAGUUUGGCGUUUGAUCAGAAGGCGAAGGCGAAGGAUAGAAUAAAGACGGAGGAGGAACUUGCAGCCGAACGCGCGGAGGAGCUAGAGAAGGCAGAGAAGAGACGGUUACGGAGGAUGCAAGGGUUGGAGGAGGAGAGUGGUGACGAAGAGGGCGGAUUCAAGGCGCGACGCAGGGGUGGUCAAGGAGAUGACUUGGACGAUGAUUUUGUCGAUGAGGAAGGGGUGCCCGGUCUAGGAGCUGGUUUGGGUGAUGAGGUAGAGUUCGACGCAGGGGAUGAGGAUUCAUCCCAAGAAAACGACGAUGAAGAGGACAGCGAUCAGGACGGCGAAGAGGAAGAAGACGCGGACGCUGACGAUGACGAGGAUGAUGAGGACCCUGAGGCAUCAGAUGGUUCAGAGCCUGAGGCUCGUAUCGCCGCGCAACGGAUGGCGUCAAAGGGGAAGAGUAAAUCCAAAUCCUCCGAGCUCCCCUACACAUUUCCCUGUCCAUCUACACAUGAGGAAUUCCUGGACAUCAUCGAGAAUAUUCAAGACGAGGACGUUCCGACCGUAGUUCAACGUAUCAGAACAUUGUACCACCCAUCUCUAGCAGAGGAUAACAAGCUCAAGUUGCAGGACCUCGCACGCGUCCUCGUUGAUCAUAUCCUUCAUAUUGCCCAACCGCCUGCCUCACGGUUUCCCCUCAUUUCCUCCCUUCUCCCCCACCUCCUCGCCCUCACCAAAUCGUAUCCGAUUUCGGUUGCUGAGCAUCUCGUCUCCAAGCUCGUGCUCAUGGAGAGAAACUUCAAACGCAGCCUCUCUCUCGCCGCCUCUACCUCGUCUUUCCCCGCCCGAGUCUUCCCCGGGCUGCCCGAGCUCGCACUUUUACGCGUCCUUGGUGUGCUCUUCCCAACGAGCGACCUCAACCACGCUGCUGUCAACCCCGCACGAGUUCUUAUGGGCGCGUAUCUUGCCCUCGGCCUCCCACACUUGCGUACGCUCCGCGACCUAGCAAGUGGACUGUUCGUAUGCAGCCUCUGGGCGAGCUGGGAGGCGCGCAGCCAGCGCUUCGUACCCGAGGCAGUGGCGUUCUGCGCGAACGCAAUCGCUAGGGUCGCACCGACGAAGUGGAAGGACGGCAAAGAGUUGCCGGGCGCCUUUCCUAUUCCGGCGUGGAAUGUGACGAGGGGGUUGAGGGUGAAGAAGGGGGAUUCAAUCAUCGUCGAGGUUGCUAAGCCCAAUAUGGUCCAGAUCUUGGCUAGCGAGGAUGUCAAUCAAGCGAAAACCAAGGUGGAUCUGCUGAACGUUGCCGUGACCACAUUGUGGAGGUUCGCAGAUAUGUAUAAGGACCUUGACGGGUUCAUCGAGCUCUUCGAACCGAUCCUCGAGUUGCUGGAUGGUGUACAGGCACGGAAAUUGCCGCACGCACUUCAGACCCAGCUCGCAUCCACCCGCGAUGCCCUUGCCCGUCUCCUCAAGUUUGCCCGUCAAUCCCGACAACCCCUCCUCCUCCAAGCUCACAAGCCCAUCCCUAUCCCUACCUACCUCCCCAAGUUCUCCAUGUCCACCUCCGGUUCUUCCUUUGCACUCACGCACAAUGAUCCGGACAAGGAGAGAGUCGAGGCACAGAAGCUCCGGCGACAGUUUAAGCAGGAGAAGAAGGGCGCGAUGCGCGAGCUGCGCAAAGACGCGCGCUUCUUGGCGGAGGUGCGCGAGAAGGAGCAGCGACAGAAGGACGAGGCGUACGAGAAGCAGAUGAGGCGCGUAAUGGGCAGUCUAGAAGGGGAGAGGGCGGAGGAGAAGGCUGAGAUAAGGGCGAAGGAGAAGGACAAGCAGAGGAAGAGGGCGGGACGAAAAUGA